AUGCAUUUAAUACACCUGACUUUGUUUUCCCUGUUUUUCAUUUAUAUCGAUGGAAAACGACGUUGUCUGACCAAUUGUACAGUUACUGGACUCAUUGGUCAACCACUUCAUAUACCUGAUAGAUGUGAUCAAUAUACGAAAGCAAGUGAUUGUCAAGUAGAUAUACAAUUUCACUAUUAUGAUCGGCGAUAUACCGUGAUUUUUUCUACGGCAUUUGUUGAAUAUUAUUAUCGAUCACUUUAUAUUACAAUAACCAAUAUUUUAUCAUAUACAGCGAUGUUUGCAUGUGGAAAUUCUGAUAACUGUGCGACUGACUUUGCUCGAAAGAAAGUUGUCGAUCUCUCUAAUCGAACGAUUAAUGCUAGAAAUGUCAUUAAUCAGUUGAGACCGCUUCUCUCCGAACACCGACAAUCACCACUUCGAUGUUAUGAUAAUGAAGAAUGUACAGGUAUUUGCAAGAUUCGUGUUAAAACUGAUAAAAAUCAAUUAGAUCAGAGGAAAUGUGCUGCAAUAAAUCAACCUCAGGUUCAUGUUUUUGAUGGUGGUGAUUUGCCGAUUUUGGAUAUCGAAUGUAAUCGAACAAAAUGCAAUUCCUUUGAGACGGCUGAUCAAGUCAAACAAAUACUUUAUCAAAAUAAUUUAACUGAUAUUAAUGGUCGAAUCAAUCGUGGACAGAAGAAUUCAGUAUCAAUCCUUUUGUUACUCUUUUUUAUAAAUUUCUUUAUUCAAUUGAUCUAG